ACUGAUUGAACAAGAGCAUGAGCCUCAAGGAAUGCAAGGUUGAAUGCUUAAAGAAUUGUUCUUGUACUGCUUUUGCUAAUUCAGAUGUUAGAGGAGGAGGGAGUGGGUGCCUCAUGUGGUUCGCAGAACUAAUUGAUGUUUGGGACUUCGAAGAUGCUUCUUAUGAGCAGGAUCUAUAUAUAUAUCUAUCCGAAUCAGAAUUAGAUUCCUUUCGUAAUCCAACCAAGAAGAGAAAGCUGGUCGCCACUGCUGUAGCUUCAGCCAUUUCUGGAUUGCUGUUGCUGGGCAUUACCCUUGGGAUUACAAUCUGGAAGAGAGGAAUGAAAAUAGGAGGCUUGAGGAAUGACAUUGACUUACCACUUUUUGAUCUUGAUACCAUUACUGUUGCUACUGACAAUUUCUCUCCGAGAAAUUUGCUUGGACCUGGAGGCUUUGGUUCAGUCUACAAGGGAAACCUUUCAACGGACCAAGAAAUAGCAGUGAAAAGGUUGUCAAAGAAUUCAGGACAAGGUCGAGAAGAGUUCAUGAAUGAAGUAGCUUCAAUUGCCGGACUUCAACAGAAGAAUCUCGUUGGGCUUCUAGGCUGCUGCAUUGAGAAAGAAGAAAGAAUGUUGAUUUACGAAUACAUGGCGAAUAAAAGGUUGGAUAAUUUUAUUUUUGAUUGCAACAGACCCUUUUCCUUGGAAUGGGAAAAGCGCUAUGACAUUGUAAUUGGAAUUGGACGAGGGCUCCUUUAUCUCCACCAAGAUUCCAAACUUCAAGUGAUUCAUAGAGACCUCAAGACAAGCAACAUCUUGUUGGAUGCCAACCUUAUUCCAAAAAUUUCUGAUUUUGGAUUGGCAAGGAUUUUUGCAGGUGAUAAAAAAGAAGCGAGAACAAAAAGGAUAAUUGGUACUUAUGGCUACAUGUCCCCAGAGUAUGUCAUUGGUGGAAAGUUCUCGGUGAAAUCCGAUGUAUUUAGCUUUGGCAUGCUUUUGUUAGAGACAGUGAGUGGGAAAAGGAACAGAGGAUUUUGCCAUCCAAGUCACCACCACAACCUUCUUGGACAUGCAUGGUUGCUGUGGAAUGAAGGCAAGGCCUUGGAACUUAUGGACGAUUCUUUACCCGACUCCUACAUUGAAUUUCAAGGAGAGAGAUCUAUACAUGUGGGUUUGUUGUGUGUCCAGAAAUUUCCCGGAGACAGGCCAACAAUGUCUUCUGUUGUUUUCAUGCUGACUAAUCAGGAAGCAAUCUUGCCACAGCCUAAGCAGCCUGGUUUCUUUAUGGAAAGAAGUCCAACGAGCUCAGGUAGGGACCGAGAGAACUCUAUACAUCUGGAAGAGCAUUCGUCGGUCUCCUCCAUGAGCAUGGCUCAGUUUCUUCACAUGCAGAAAAUUCAUUGGCGUGGAAUGACCGGACCAGGCUUCAAUAAAAUGCAAGCUCCUUUCUCUACCUGCUUUUACUGUUCUAUCAUCUUUGUGUCGUUUGUGGGGGGCUUGUCAUUUGGAGCUGACUCUUUGAGUUCAGAUCAGUCUAUGAAAGAUGGAGAGACAUUGGUUUCUUCAGGCCAAAGCUUUGAGCUUGGCUUCUUCUCUCCUGGAAGCUCCAAGAAAAGGUACUUGGGGAUAUGGUACAAGAUCACUCCUGAAACAGUAGUUUGGGUGGCUAAUGGAGACUACCCGCUGACCAAUUCAAGUGGUGUUCUCACGUUUGGCCAUGAAGGGAAUUUAGCACUUCUGAACCAAUCGAAGGGUGUUGUUUGGUCUUCGAAUUCGUCUGGGGUCCUAACCAAUCCUGUUGCACGUCUCCUGGAGUCUGGAAACCUUGUUCUUUGGGAUAACAUCAGUUCGAAUCCCGGUGAUGCCUAUUCGUGGCAAAGCUUUGAUUACCCCUGCGACACACUUUUAUCCGGUAUGAAACUGGGGUUGAACUUGAGAACCGGUUUCAAAUGGUAUCUGACUGCGUGGAAAAACGUGGAUGACCCUUCCCCUAGCGACUACACUAGUGGAUUAGACGAUCAAGGGCUGCCACAAGUUGUUAUACUCAGGAACGGUUCGACAAGGACAUAUCGGAGUGGCGUGUGGAAUGGAGUCGAGUUCAGCGGUCUCUCAGUGGCUGUGAAUUCCAUCUCGAAGCAAAUGUUGGUCGACAAUCAGACAGAUGUAUAUUUCGCUUAUCAAGCUCUGGAUGAUGGGAUUAUCACCAGAGUCAGUCUGAAUGAGUCCGGGUCGUUACAACGACUUGUGAGGAAGAAAGAAAGUGCUACUUGGAUUGUCAUGUACACGAUUCCCAAUGAUCCAUGCGACAACUACGCAUUAUGUGGAGCUAAUGGUUUCUGCAGAAGUAAGAGCUACUCAAGAUGCCAGUGCUUGCAGGGUUUCAUACCCAAGUCACCAGAAGAAUGGCAAAUGUUUUAUUUUUCUGGUGGCUGCAUGAGGAAGGUCCCCGUAAAUUGUUCGAAAGGAGAAGGGUUCUUCAAACUUUCAUGGGUGAAGCUGCCUGAUCUGGUUGACUACUCACUGAACAAGAGCAUGAGCCUCGAGGAAUGCAAGGUUGAGUGUUUAAAGAAUUGUUCUUGUACUGCUUUUGCUAAUUCAGAUGUUAGAGGAGGAGGGAGCGGGUGCCUCAUGUGGUUUGCAGAACUAAUUGAUGUUAGUGACUUUGAAGAUGCUUCCUAUGAGCAGGAUCUAUAUAUACGUCUAUCAGCAUCAGAAUUAGAUUCCUUACGUGCUCCGACCAAGAAGAGAAAGCUGGUCGCCACUGCUGUAGCUUCAGCCAUUUCUGGAUUGCUGUUGCUGGGCAUUACCCUCGGGAUUACAAUCUGGAAGAGAGGAAAGAAAAUAGGAGGUAAAACAGUUUGUAGCCGCAUAAUGAACCAGUUUAUUUCUCUCAACUAUAUAAGGUCUACUGAAGGCAAUGAUUGUGUUUCUAGCUGGAGGAAUGACAUCGACUUACCGCUUUUCGGUCUUAAUACCAUUACUGUUGCUACUAACAAUUUCUCUCAGAGAAAUUUGAUUGGAGCUGGAGGCUUUGGUUCAGUCUACAAGGGAAAUCUUUCCACAGAUCAAGAAAUAGCAGUGAAAAGGUUGUCAAAGGAUUCUGGGCAAGGACUGGAAGAGUUUAGCAAUGAAGUAGCUUUGAUUGCCAGACUUCAACACAGGAAUCUCGUCAGCCUUCUUGGCUGCUGCGUCGACGGAGACGAAAGAAUGUUGAUUUACGAAUACAUGCCAAAUAAAAGCUUGAAUAACUUUAUCUUUGAUCACGACAACCGCAUCUUGUUGGCAUGGGAUAGGCGCUUUGAGAUUAUUAUUGGAAUUGCACGUGGAAUUCUUUAUCUCCACCAAGAUUCGAAGCUUCAAGUCGUCCAUAGAGACCUUAAAACAAGCAACAUUUUACUGGAUGCCAACCUGAAUCCCAAGAUUUCCGAUUUCGGAUUAGCAAGAAUUUUUGGAGGUGAUAAAAAAGAAGCAAGAACAAGAAGAAUAAUCGGAACUUAUGGAUAUAUGUCUCCAGAGUAUGCCUUCGAUGGAAAAUUCUCGGUUAAAUCGGAUGUGUUUAGCUUUGGAGUGCUCCUAAUGGAGAUUGUUAGUGGGAAAAGGAACAGAGGAUUCUACCAUCCAAGCCACCACCACAGCCUCCUUGGACAUGCAUGGUUGCUUUGGAAUGAACGCAGGGCAUUGGAGCUUAUGGAUGAUUCUUUAGCUGACUCCUCCAUUAUAUCUCAAGUAGAGAGAUGCAUACAUGUGGGUUUGUUGUGUGUCCAGAAAUUCCCUGGUGAUAGGCCGACUAUGUCUUCUGUGGUUUUCAUGUUAGCAAAUGAAGAAGCAAAAUUGCCACAUCCUAAACCGCCCGGUUUCUUCAUGGAAAGAAGUCCGACAAACUCAGGUGCAACUUCACCAAGAGAACUCCAUACGGACAAUCUCGUCACCAUAACAAUGCCAGAAGGUCGAUAG